UGGGCCCCGGACUGCCCCGCGGCCUCCGCCGACCCGGAAUCUGGGACCUCGCUGAAGCCAGGUGAGCCCAGGCUUCCUGCGCUGGCCAUGCCUGUGCCCACAGAAGGCACCCCACCGCCCCUCAGCGGCACCCCUGUCCCGGUCCCGGCCUACUUCCGCCAUGCUGAACCUGGCUUCUCCCUCAAGAGGCCCGGGGGGCUCAGCCGGAGCCUCCCACCCCGACCCCCCGCCAAGGGCAGCAUCCCCGUCAGUCGCAUCUUCCCUCUUCGGACCCCGGGCUGGCACCAGCCCCAUCCCCGGCGGGUGUCGUUUCGGAAUGACGCCUCAGAGACCCUUCAGAGCCCUGGAUACGACCCAAGCCGGCCAGAGUCCUUCUUCCAGCAGAGCUUCCAGAGGCUCAGCCGCCUGGGCCACGGCUCCUAUGGGGAGGUCUUCAAGGUGCGCUCCAAGGAGGAUGGCCGGCUCUAUGCAGUCAAGCGUUCCAUGUCGCCGUUUAGGGGCCCCAAGGACCGGGCCCGCAAGCUGGCUGAGGUGGGCGGCCACGAGAAGGUGGGGCGGCACCCACGCUGCGUGCGGCUGGAGCAGGCCUGGGAGGAAGCUGGCAUCUUGUACCUACAGACAGAGCUGUGUGGGCCCAGCCUGCAGCAGCACUGUGAAGCCUGGGGCACCAGCCUGCCCGAGGCCCAGGUCUGGGGCUACUUGCGGGAUACCCUGCUUGCCCUGGCCCACCUGCACAGCCAAGGCCUGGUCCACCUUGAUGUCAAGCCUGCCAACAUCUUCCUGGGGCCUCGGGGCCGAUGCAAGCUGGGUGACUUUGGGCUGCUGGUGGAGCUGGGUGCCAUCGGGGCUGGUGAGGCCCAAGAGGGAGACCCUCGCUACAUGGCCCCCGAGCUGCUGCAGGGCUCCUGUGGAACAGCAGCCGACAUCUUCAGUCUGGGUCUUACCGUCUUGGAAGUGGCAUGCAACAUGGAACUGCCCCAUGGUGGAGAGGGCUGGCAGCAGCUGCGCCAGGGCUACCUGCCACCUGAGUUCACUGCCGGUCUGUCCCCCGAGCUCCGUUCUGUCCUCAUCAUGAUGCUGGAACCUGACCCCCAGUUGCGUGCCACAGCUGAGGCCCUGCUGGCCCUGCCCAUGCUGAGACCGCCACGUCCCUGGAGUAUCCUGUGGUUCAUGGCUGCAGAAGCCCUGAGUCAUGGAUGGGCCCUGUGGCAGGCUCUGCUUGCCCUGCUGUGUUGGCUCUGGCAUGGGUUGGCUCACCCUGCCAGCUGGCUGCAGCCCCCAGGCCCACCAGCCACCCCUCCUGGCUCACCGCCCUGCAGCCUGCUCCUGGACGGCAGUCUCUCCAGCAACUGGGAUGAGGACAGUCUACGGCUGGCACGCUCCCCAGAGGCCACCCUGGCUCGGGCUGUGGGGAGUACUUCCACUCCCCGCAGCAGGUACCCACCCAGGGACGCCCUGGACCUAAGUGACAUCGACUCAGAGCCACCUCGGGGUUCUUUCCCUUCCUUUGAGCCUCGAAAUCUCCUCAGCCUGUUUGAGGACUCACUAGACCCCACCUGGACCUCGGGCCCAGCCUAGCUGCUUUUAAUAUUUUGUCCCCUUUUCUUCUCAUUCCCUAGAAAGUGGGGCCCCUCUGGGGACUCCCAUGGGUGCCCUCUGCCUGGCCGUGUGUAAUAAAAGGUAUCUGAACCUU